AUGCCUAAUACUCCUUUGAUUGGCGGUUUCACUACUGGGACAUCCGAGUCUUCCUCGCAAUCUACUUUUCCACUUUUGCCUAGGCAGUCAUCUCUGGCGAAAUCGGCGGCGCCUAAUCUUAUCCAUUCUACUUCACUAGCAGAUGUCGCUUCUGGUUCUGCCUCUUUUCUCUUACUCGUGGAUGCAGUUCGCGAUACAACGGCUACAUCCCAGCUAAAUUCCAGGCGUCAUUCGCAUGUCGCCGUUACUUCUUUUGGUAGCGACGCAUGCUACAAUAGUACGAUCUCAACCGUCGCUUCCUCGAAUCAGCCUAUAGGCAAACAAACUCGUCUUUUGCUGACUGGGCCAAGUUGCCAGCUGCCAAUGUCACCCCUGUCUUCCAAUGAUGAUUGCAACAUGUCUUCAGGAAGGCGAUUUAUUCAGCGUACAGACAGGGCUACAAGCUCCUGGCAGCUGGAUGGCUCACCGAAUGCAAGAACUAAUGAAUCAGAUGUUGAUCGCUUGGCUGAGGUUCAAACAGGAGGAACAAGACGUCGACCAGACAAGCGAUGCCACGUUUGCAGCAAACGAACUGGUUUGGCGAAUAGUUAUACUUGUCGGUGCGUUUUCUUUUUAUCAAAUAAGAUUAUCCAUUAG